AUGCAGCUCUCGCCGGGCUUAUUGGGCCUCCCGGCGUCGCUGCUAAUGCUGGUCGCAACGCAACUCCAAGCGCAGCAGCUACCGACCGCGAUCAAGAAGAUGUCCCUCGACGAAGGCGAGAAGAUCAUGCCUCACCACCUCGGAUUUUCCCCCGAAUACGCCGCCGCGCAAUCCUCUCUGCUACCACGCGGACUGCUCACGCCGGAAGAAGAGCUGCUGCUCUCCACCAACUCGACCGCAACGCUAGCUUUCCGGCCGCCUUUCGGCAUACAUUUUGACGGAAGCUCACAAGAACUGCGGGACAAUGGGCCGCUAUGGCGGCGCGCGAAGGAGGCCCUACAUCGCUUACAAGGCCGAGAGUGGUCAUGCCCGACGAAUACAAACAGCUGCGAGUCCAUAGGGAAGCCCGACUACUGCUGCGCGACGGGCGAGACGUGCUUCGAGGUGGAGAAUGCGCCAGACGCCGGGAAUGUGGGCUGCUGUCCGGAGGGACAGAACUGCGGCGGCAGCGUGGGCACAUGUGGGACAGGGAAUACGGCAUGUCCGGCAAACGUAGGCGGCGGCUGCUGCAUCCCGGGAUUCAAAUGUGCGCAGAUUGGGUGCGUGGCUAGCUCGGUCUCGGUCAUUACCAUGACCACGACAUCAUCAAGUGUGAUAACAGGUCCAUCGGCGACAACGAUCGUGGUGACCACAGUAGUGACCGUGAGCCCCUCUGUGCAAACGACGACGAGCACGGCGGUGGCGACCACGACCGCUGGCACCUUGACAGCCACGAGCACGGCAACCGGGACUGGUACGGGCACAGAGACCGGAUUGCCGCCGUUUCGGCCGACGAGCGGAUCUGACACGACGAGCACCGCGACGGGCGAUUACUGUCCGACAGGUUUCUACGCCUGCCUGGCCCGGGCGGGGUCCGGCUGCUGUCGCACGGGACGGGACUGCAUCACGACGUCGUGCCCUCCGGUCUCGUCGACGACGAUUACGUCCAACGGCGUGACACUGGUUGUACCGGCCACGGAGGUACCCAGCUCAGACGCGGGGCCAACGUCGACAUGCGCGGGUGGCUGGUAUCUGUGUGGAACCGACGCAGGCCCGAUCGCAGGCUGCUGCCCGAGCGGAUAUGCGUGCGGGACAGCGAGCUGUACACUCAGCACCAGCACGGCCACCGCGACAGUGCAGAAGGAGUUCCCGAGUGCGGGCUGUGGGCGAGGGUCCCUGCUGGGUAGCUGGGAAAUGGUGGCCGCCAUGGUUCUCGGCUAUCUCCUGCUGGGCGUCAUGAUAUAG